AUGGGUGAGUUGCUGGGUGUGAACAUAUUUCAUUCUCUUCUGGAAAAACUCAUUAAUUUUUUACUGUGUGCUAUUUUACCCCUUACUAUUGUUUUGAAGUUUGGGCAACACACCAGUGUUCCCAUGGUAAUCGGGAAGAAACAGUGAGGUGUUUCCUUGGAGGAGGGAGGUUGGGGGUCAGCUCACCAGUUGCCGUCCUUCCCAGAAUCCCCUCUGUCCUGGCAGGCAGACUGUGUCCCAGUACAGCAGCAGGCCCCUCUGUUGGUUGGUGUGUCUAUAAACAUCAGAACAUUUUUCCCUCGGCCUGGGCAGUGCGUAUGCAACCACCUUGUGUGUUAAAGGUUGACUGUUUGGCAGAAGUAGUCCUGGACUGGUAUGUGAGUGUGUUGCUCUAUAUAGUUUGACAGACAGGAGAGGAUUCUGUGCUUCAAUAAUGUGGUUCCUGCUGCUUGUAGAAGUACAGACAUGUGUUUUCACCUGUUUCUAGAGAAACCAACAGGCUGGAACAGCACACAGAUCAAACAAAGGCUUAACGGACAGACACACACACACACACACACACACACACACACACACACACACGAUUGCUAUUGGUUAUAUUUAGUAUUUAAAUGUUUGCACGUACCAACCAGGGUUUCUGAUAGGAAAAUGUGCCGCUGGACAACAUGACUCGGAAGAUUUUAAUUUCCUGGACCCAUAUGCAUUGGGUACAUAAACCAUUCAAAUACUUCACCAGAAAGCAUGACCACAGAGGAAUCGAGGAUCAUUUGCUUAUUUAAAAGAAAAUAGCUGUGGUUUGUUUCAAAUCACAGGCUGGUAGGCCGAUGCCUAUUUGGGAAGCCCGCAAUUUGGGCAGCACCCUUGGCAAUAGGCCUAGCUGAUUAUUGAGUUGCGUCUGUCAGUGAAAUGCAUCUAAAAUAUGUGUGAAGAGAAUGUAUCUUGAGUAUAAUAAAAAAUGUUGAGACAAGAAGGGCAUGGGUGUGUGGCGAAGAUAUAGGCCAGUUUAUCUCCAGAAUGGCUCAGCUGUUUCCUGCCAAUUCUUGCACAUUCAUUGUUUCAUUGUGUGAAUUGUUUGCCCUUUGAUAUAUAUAUUUUUUCUCAAUUCCCCAUUACAUAUGACACCACUAAAUGUACUGUUAAUCCCCGUCAUUUGGUUACAUACAUUUCUGUUAAUGCAUGUAUUAAUUAGUCAUUUACCGUUCUCAUUCUUGGAGUGGAGAAGUUGUUUGCAGAGUUCACAACCAGCUACACUUGUGAGAAACAAGUUUUGGUUAAUUUCAUAACCAUCAUUUAAGAGAUUUGUCAAUUUUGAUUGUCUGUCUUUUGUUUGAAGAGCUCCAUGUGAGCAAUGAGAACGUCUGUCUGGUGUCUCUGGCCUGCUGCAUAGAAAUGUAGUAAAGUGUUGUUGUUUUUUACAUCCAUUGCGAAUUAUUAUAAUAUAUUUAAACUAUAGUUCCUCACAGUAAGCUAUUUGAAAACUCUUUCCAACAAUCUCCCCCUCGAUAAUCACCAAUCCAAGGUGUGUGUGAAAGAGCAAUGGCAAUUAUAGGCCUACUGCUGCAUUGGCCUGUAGGGCUGAGUUCCAUGUGCUCAUUUCUUUAGCCGCCAAUGGAACACGGUGUAGUAAUGUGUGUGUAUAUGGCAAAGGGGUUGGUCAUCUCGCAUUAGUUGACUGAACCUUUAGAUUUUUAUCAUUUUAAUUCAGAUUUUUAUGAUAAAUGCGCAAAUGAAAAUCAUAACUCACACGUAGAAAUGGUAGGAUAAAUUGUAAGCCUCCUCAAACUUGAACCUCAUGCCUAUGAAGUCUUUAUACAAGCAUUUCGCUACACCCGCAAUAACAUCUGCUAAAUAUGUGUAUGUGACCAAUACAAUUUGUUUGAUUUAUAAAAUCAUUGCCUCCACAUUUCCAUGGUCAGAUUUUGCUUGUAGGCUACUUUGAAGCAAGUUACGACAUGCCUCAUAAUAUGAGAAAAUAAAUGCAAAAUAAGAAGAAACCCCCACACUGCUCUUUAAUAAGCUUUACAUAUCUGCCUCAAGGCCUUUGUCAGAGCUUUUGUGAGUUUUUUUAAGUUGGCACCCUUAUGUAGACAUGCCUCAUAAUAUAAAAUAAAACAUUCAGGUUUCAAACAAUUAAGUAUUUUCAAAAUGCAUACUGCCUCCAGCUCACAUUGUAUAGUGGUGGGUGACGCUGAUAGCCUGUUGCUUGCACUUGAAUGGAAAAUGGGAGGCGCGCUUCAAUUACCAGUUGAGAAACAAAAAUAAUCAUGCACCAAAACAGUUUUUAACACGCAAUUGCAUUUAGAAUUGUUGCUCAAUGAGACUCUGCAUCAACUUCUCAUGAGAUUACACUGAUUGUACAAAACAUUAAGAACAUGAGACUGACCAGGUGAAUCCAGGUGAAAGCUAUGAUCCCUUAUUGAUGUCACUUAUUAAAUCCACUCCAAUCAGUUUAGAUGAAGGGGAGGAGACUGGUUAAAGAAGGAUUUUUAAGCCUUGAGGCAAUUGAGACAUGGAUUGUGUAUGUAUGCCAUUCAGAGGGUGAAUGGGCAAGACACAAGAUUUAAGUGCCUUUGAACAGGGUAUGGAAGUAGGUGCCAGGCGCACCGGUUUGUGUCAAGAACUGCCGCACUGCUGGGUUUUUCACGCUCAACAGUUUCCCAUGUGUAUCAAGAAUGGUCCACCACCCAAAGAACAUCCAGCCAACUUGACACAACUGUGGGAAGCAUUGGAGUCAACAUGGGCCAGCAUCCCUGUGAAACGCUUUCGACACCUUGUAGAGUCCAUGCCCCGAUGAAUUGAGACUGUUCUGAGGGCAAAAGGGGGUGCAACUCAAUAUCAGAAAGGUUUUCUUAAUGUUUUGUACACUCAGUGUAUAUGGUUGCUCUUAGUUGGUCAGCUCAUUGGGUUUGAUUGGUGUAGUCCAGUGAGGCCAGAGACCUAUGCUACAUCACCUUUACUCAACUUAGAAUUUUCAAGAUGUGUCCUGUCCUCAUAGCUUGCAGUUAGUUGGGUGAUGGUCAACUUUUCUAGUUAAAUCAAGCAACCACAAGGCUAUAGGCUAAGCUAUAGGCUAAUCAAAUGUGUAGAUUUUUUCACUGAGCACCCACUGGCAUACUAGCAAGCUCCUCUGUUCCUUUUGUGUGAGUUGAGGUUGAUUCUCUCUUUCAUCUCUCCACUGCUCUCUGUCUGUUUGGAUUAUAGCUGACUCCUGACCUCCUGUCAUGUGAUGGUGUUCAGAAUCACUGUCAGCCCUGUUCUGUUCUGUCUCUGACGCAGUGUCUCUGACCUCUGUUCUCUCCCUCCCUGCAGCCUCGGCCCCGGUCAACAGUGUGAGUAGACGCCGCACCCCCUCCGUGGCCCCCCUGUCGUGGGAGAAGCGCAACGCCGCCGCCAUGUCGAGCAUCACUAUCGACCCCGAGCUCAAGCCCGGGGAGUUUGUCAUCAAGAGCCUGUUCGCUGAGUUUGCUGUGCUGGCUGAGAAGAAGAUUGAGGUGGUGAUGGCCGAACCGCUGGUGAGUUGCUGUGAUCCGAGAGGGAGGGGGGGCUCAAGUAAGGCCACAUCUCAAAUCAACCCCUAGCCCUGAAUCCUAGGCACUUGUCUGAAAGUGUUGAAUAGGUGAAGCAAUAUUCUGACCAAUAUUACCCUAUGCUUUUACCUUUCAGAUCUACAUAAAGUUCCCCUAUUUGUGGGGGCUAGCCUAACAGUUUAUUUGGAAUUAAGCAAAACUUUGAAGGCUAUUCUCACUAGCCAUUAAUCAGGCUGUGUCCUUAGUUCUUAGUUCCGGCUACAGAGCAGUACUUGGCUAAUGGCCAAAUGGUCAAAUGUUUCUAGUGACUGCUUAGUGUUCAGUCUGUAAACAGACAUAUCCUUUAACUUGGAGGGGUUUAUGUGUGUGAUUUCUUGCUGUGGGUGUGAACGCCUAGAGAGUGUGAGAAAUGAGGCACAUGCAUUCCAUUGCGCUUUCCCAGAAUGGGGGGCAUAUUAUUUUUCUAGGAAUCUUGUGAGCUUUUUUUUACCCGGAUACCAAGACUCCGUGGGAGGUACAAUCCCCUGCCUUACCUAGAGGCUGGGAGGUGUGUGUGUUUUGGACACUUGACCGUUCUCUCCAUUUAGCUCUCUAUUCAUCUCACUAUUCAUUUACCUGAGUGCUCCCCUCUUUCUGCUGCCAUCUCCCCUCCCUCUCUCUCACCCCUUCAUUCUCUCUCCCUGGCUGGUGUGUUUGUCCAGUGGUCAGCCUGUAGAUACUCCUGACUGACUGUUUACUCAGGGGCUGGUAAUGACCCCAGGCUGAUGGCAGAUCUCGUUCACUGUCAAUUACUAUGCUCUAUAUAGACCCAUUGUCUCCUCUCCUGUUUCACCUUGCCCCACAUCCAGUGGUGUGCUGAUAUGAGUGACAUAGGAGUCCUAUUAUGUUAGGAAUCCAUAUUUGUCCUUUGUGAACUUGACUGACAGCCAUCCUUCUCUCCUUCAGGAGAAACCCUUGUCCCGAUCCCUCCAAAGAGGGGAAGAUGCACAAUUUGAUCAGGUGAGUUCUAGUUUGUGUGUGUGUGUGUGUGUGUGUGUGUGUGUGUGUGUGUGUGUGUGCGUGCUUACACACUGCACAUGCAUUAUGGACUCUCUCCCUCACCUCUAGCCCAUAACCCCUCCCCCACCCUCCCAUCCAUACAGUAGUUGAAUUCUCCAGCUCCACCCAAUCAAUCCCCACUCAAUGCCCCAUCCAUCCCUCAUCUCUAACUGGUGCCUGCAGAACUCUGAACAAUGGAGCUGCUGCAGAGUGCUUUGUUCAGCACAACACAAAGCCAAUGAGGAUAUGGUGCUAUAGAUCCAGAUGCCUCCAUUGUUUGCGUGAGGGAGAGGGAGCAAAAUCGCUGUGUCAUCCUUAGCAGUAAAUCGGUGUUGGGUGCUGGAGUGUGUCCGCCUGGUGCCUGGAGGGCACAGAGAGCAGUUGCAUAACUCUCCCUCCCAGCAUCCAUCACCCAGCACCCUCAGCACACUGCACUGCCCCUCACAACAUACACUGACACACACAUACACUUAAUUCAGGCACAUUCCAUUCAUUGUGCAGAAGGGUACUAUUACUCAGCCCAACUGCAAAUUACCUGACUGAACACUAUACACUUGACAUGCGUAGGACUAUGAUUGCUCUGGUGCAUGUUGUAGAAGAACAACUGAGGAUAAUGUACUGUAAACCACAUUUCUUACUAGCAUUAUGGAAAUAUACCCCUACCAUUUUCAGUCUACAAAGAUGUUGAUAAAAGAUUCAUAGUAUGAGGUUGCAAUUCACCUCCAUUCAUUAACAUAUUUGAUCUGAUGAUCAAAGUGCUGAGGAGGUGUUUAAACCAGAGCCUGUUUGUUGGUCGGCCCUGACGUACUCACUGUACAGCCACUGCAGAGCCUGUUUGUUGGUCGGCCCUGACGUACUCACUGUACAGCCACUGCAGAGCCUGUUUGUUGGUCGGCCCUGACGUACUCACUGUACAGCCACUGCAGAGCCUGUUUGUUGGUCGGCCCUGACGUACUCACUGUACAGCCACUGCAGAGCCUGUUUGUUGGUCGGCCCUGACGUACUCACUGUACAGCCACUGCAGAGCCUGUUUGUUGGUCGGCCCUGACGUACUCACUGUACAGCCACUGCAGAGCCUGUUUGUUGGUCGGCCCUGACGUACUCACUGUACAGCCACUGCAGAGCCUGUUUGUUGGUCGGCCCUGACGUACUCACUGUACAGCCACUGCAGAGCCUGUUUGUUGGUCGGCCCUGACGUACUCACUGUACAGCCACUGCAGAGCCUGUUUGUUGGUCGGCCCUGACGUACUCACUGUACAGCCACUGCAGAGCCUGUUUGUUGGUCGGCCCUGACGUACUCACUGUACAGCCACUGCAGAGCCUUUUGCUGUGGCGGCUGUAACGCUAGCCGCUCAAUAGGAUAGGACCUCGGUGCCCGACACGUCAUCCAACACCGCACUCACAAUCGAUACUUCCUGUUCUCUACUGUAUGUCACCCAGUGAUUAGGUCAUCUCCUCUCCCCUCAACCUCCCUCCACUUCUCUCUUUCUAGAUAUUCCCCUGUAUCCCUUUCCCUGCAUCCUCCUUUCUCCUCCUUUUCUCUGUGGUGGUAGAAUGGUCUGUCUACAUAAAAUAUAGCACCUCUGUCUGUGUGUAUGUUCUGUGUGUAAUGAUGUGUGUAAUAUUGGUUAUGAAGAUGUUUGUAUUUGACAUUUUUGUACAUUCUCAUCCUCUGAUAAGCUAUAAUAAUGUGUGUAGACUCUAUUGUGAGGUGUCUGUGUGCUCUUCUCACAGUUAAUAAGCUCUAUGAGCUCCGUAGCGGAACACUGUUUGCCCUCCCUGCUGCGCACACUGUUUGACUGGUACCGGCGGCAGAGUGGCACCGAGGAUGAGUCCUAUGAGUACAGGCCUCGCUCCAGCACCAAGUCCAAAGGGUACGAUACUCCUGUUAUCUGCUCCUCCUUCUCUCCUAUCCUCCCCUCACUUCCCGCUCCUGAACAAUCCACCUCUAAUGGUUUCUGGUAAAUGUGUUAUUCAGUCCGUCAUAACUCUUUCCCCUCUUUCUCUCGCCACCAUCUCUCUCUCUCGAUCUCUCACCCCCCCCCAUAGGGAUGAACAGCAUCGGGAUAAAGACUUCCUAUUGGAGCGGAGGGACUUAGCCAUAGAUUUCAUAUUCUGUUUAGUUUCAGUAGAAGUUUUAAAACAGGUAAGUCCUGUUUAACGUUACUUCUGUUUGUUUGUCUGUGCUGUUAGAAGAGUCCUCUCCCUUAGUGUAGUCACUGCAACGUCAGCAUACCAAGGCAUACCGAGCUGUCAUCCUAAACUACAUCAUCUAGACCGACAGCAGACUAAGCAGAUCCAAAUCACACACUCUUAGACCCUGACUGAGCACAGUGCUUGGUUGUCCUUGGCUCCAACAGGGAGGAUAAUGAAUGUUAGCAAAGAAAGAGAGAGCGACAGCAUGAAGGGAGUAUCAAUGUGCCUAUUAUGACUGAUGAUCUAAUGUUUGCGUCACAGAUUCCUCUUCAUCCCGUGCCAGACUCUUUAGUACAUGAGGUUCUGAACCUGGCAUUCAAGCACUUUAAACACAAAGAGGGGUAAGUGUAAAAGACACACACACAACCAGACCUGGGAUAACUAUUGUUUUAACUAUGCUUUGUGAAAAAUUCAGGGGAAUAAAUAGUUACUUAGGAAGUGACUACAACUAUUUGAAUACAGAUCUGAGAAAGCAAGUACUUAAAAAAAAAUCUUUGAAAACAGAUCUCAGGAAGUGACUACUCUUCAGAAACUAUUGGAUUGGCUACCUUCAGCUAAUGGCAGAGCUGUAUCUGGAACUGUAUGUUGAAGAUAGAAAUAUAAUGAUUUAAGCACACACAAUCUCAUAUAUGAUUCCAAUCUAUCAGACAGUCAUAUUUUAUCAAUAAAUACAUUUCUAUCUGGAAAUUCAGUAAAUGUCCAUUCUCCUGGAUGUCCAUUGCCCCAGGUUUACAUUAUCAAGUCAAACCAAUUAUAUUUGAUAAGUAUAAAUAAGUUGUGACGCUCAACUAUUUUUUGACUCUUUCAACGUGCCGCUGAAAAGGUUGAAAGCUGCAAUUAAUUUUAUGAUACCUGAAAAUACUGUAGAGUAAUUCAAAGCCAUUUGCAAACAGAAAGUUGGAUGCUUAGCAAAAACAACUUUGAACCUCUGUCCAGCCGAGGGUAAGUGUUCUUGUUUCAAACAAACACACUUUACCAUCUUCAAAGGGAUAGUUUACUCAGACUACAAAGUAACAUGAUUUUCCACCUACCUUGGCUGUAGUUGAUUCAAGAAGGCCAUUUUGACACUUAAUAGCCAUAUUUUAUUACUGUUAGCGUUCUCCAUAACUCUUAAUGUUAAACUGUUCUUGUGCCUGUGUAAUAAAACUGUAAUUACUUUUGGAGCAACAUUUUAUUAGCAUGUUACAUAAUACUUUGGUACACACACUCAAUCAUCAUACGCUGCUGCUACUGUUUAUCAUUAAUCCUGAUGCCUAGUCACCUUACAACUAUACAUAUCUACCUCUAUCGAUCCGGUAUCCCUGCACGUUGUAAAUAUGGUACUGGAACGGACUCUACAUACAUACACAGUACCAGUCAAAAGUUUGGACACGCCUACUCAGUGAUUUAAUGGGCUGUCCCAUUUUGAGUAUUUGAGGGCCCAUGCCAAACCUUUUCAACCUCCUGAGGGGGGAAGAGGCGCUGUCGCACCUUCACAACUGUGCACGUGUGUGUGGACCAUAUUAACUUCUUAGUGAUUUGGACACUGAGGAACUUGAUGUUCUCGACCCGCUUCACUGCUGCCCUGUCGAUGUGGAUAGGGGUGUGCCUACUCCAGCUUUAAGUUGGAUGGGUUCCGCUGGUGUACAGCAAUCUUUAAGUCAUACCACAGAUUCUCAAUUGGAUUGAGGUCUGGGCUUUGACUAGGCCAUUCCAAGACAUUUAAAUGUUUCCCCUUAAACCACUCAAGUGUUGCUUUAGCAGUAUGCUUAGGGUCAUUGUCCUGCUGGAAGGUGAACCUCCGUUCCAGUCUCAAUUCUCUGGAAGACUGAAACAGGUUUCCCUCAAGAAUUUCCCUGUAUUUCGUGCCAUCCAUCAUUCCUUCAAUUUUGACCAGUUUCCCAGUCCCUGCCGAUGGAAAAACAUCGGUGUUCUCGGGGUGAUGAGAGGUGUUGGGUUUGCUCCAGACAUAGUGUUUUCCUUGAUGGCCAAAAAGCUCAAUUUUAGUCUCAUCUGACCAGAGUACCUUCUUCCAUAUGUUUGGGGAGUCUCCCACAUGCCUUUUGGCGAACACCAAACAUGUUUGCUUAUUUGUUUCUUUAAGCAAUGGCUUUUUUCUGGCCACUCUUCCGUAAAGCCCAGCUCUGUGGAGUGUACGGCUUAAAGUGGUCCUAUGGACAGAUACUCCAAUCUCCGCUGUGGAGCUUUGCAGCUCCUUCAGGGUUAUCUUUGGUCUCUUUGUUGCCUUUCUGAUUAAUGCCCUCCUUGCCUGGUCCGUGAGUAUUGGUGGGCAGCCCUCUCUUGGCAGGUUUGUUGUUGUGCCAUAUUCUUUCCAUUUUUUUAUAAUGGAUUUAAUGGUGCUCCGUGGGAUGUUCAAAGUUUCUGAUAUUUUUUUAUAUCCCAACCCUGAUCUGUACUUCUCCACAGCUUUGUCCCUGACCUGUUUGGAGAGCUCCUUGGUCUUCAUGGUGCCGCUUGCUUGGUGGUGCCACUUGCUUAGUGGUGUUGCAGACUCUGGGGCCUUUCAGAACAGUUGUACAGUGGUGUGAAAAAGUGUUUGCCCCCUUCCUGAUUUGUUAUUUGUUUGCAUGUUUGUCACACUUAAAUGUUUCAGAUCAUCAAACAAAUUUAAAUAUUAGUCAAAGAUAACACAAAAUGCAGUUUUGAAAAGGUUAUUAUUAAGGGAAAACAAAAUCCAAACCUACAUGGCCCUGUGUGAAAAAGUGUUUGCCCCCCCUGUUAUAACACAACUCAACUGUGGUUUAUCACACCGGAGUUCAAUUCCUCUAGCCACACCCAGGCCUGAUUACUGCCACAUCUGUUCUCAAUCAAGGAAUCACUUAAAUAGGACCUGCCUGACAAAGUGAAGUAGACCAAAAGAUCCUCAGAAGCUAGACAUCAUGCCGAGAUCCAAAGAAAUUCAGGAACAAAUGAGAAAGAAAGUAAUUGAGAUCCAUCAGUCUGGAAAAGGUUAUAAAGCCAUUUCUAAAGCUUUGGGACUCCAGCGAACCACAGUGAGAGCCAUUAUCCACAAAUGGCGAAAACAUGGAACAGUGGUGAACCUUCCCAGGGGUGACCGGUCGACCAAAAUUACCCCAAGUGCGAAGCGACGACUCAUCCAAGAGGUCACAAAAGACCCCUCAACAACAUCCAAAGAGCUGCAGGCCUCACUUACCUCAGUUAAGGUCAGUGUUCAUGACUCCACCAUAAGAGACUGGGCAAAAAUGGCCUGCAUGGCAGAGUUCCAAGACAAAAACCACUGCUGAGCAAAAAGAACAUUAAGGCUCGUCUCAUUUUUGCCAGAAAACAUCUUGAUGAUCCCCAAGACCUUUGGGAAAAUACUCUGUGGACUGACGAGACAAAAGUUGAACUUUUUGGAAGGUGUGUGUCCCAUUAAAUCUGGUGUAAAAGUAACACCGCAUUUCAGAAAAAGAACAUCACACCAACAGUAAAAUAGGGUGGUGGUAGUGUGAUGGUCUGGACCUGUUUUGCUGCUUCAGGACCUGGAAGACUUGCUGUGAUAAAUGGAACCAUGAAUUCUGCUGUCUACCAAAAAAUCCUGAAGGAGAAUGUCCGGCCAUCUGUUUGUGACCUCAAGCUGAAGCGAACUUGGGUUCUGCAGCAGGACAAUGAUCCAAAACACACCAGCAAGUCCACCUCUGAAUGGCUGAAGAAAAACAAAAUGAAGACUUUGGAGUGGCCUAGUCAAAGUCCUGACCUGAAUCCUAUUGAGAUGCUGUGGCAUGACCUUAAAAAGGCAGUUCAUGCUCGAAAACCCUCCAAUGUGGCUGAAUUACAACAAUUCUGCAAAGAUGAGUGGGCCAAAAUUCCUCCACAGUGCUGUAAAAGACUCAUUGCAAGUUAUCGCAAACGCUUGAUUGCAGUUGUUGCUGCUAAGGGUGGCCCAACCAGUUAUUAGGUUGUAGGGGGCAAUCACUUUUUCACACAGGGCCAUGUGGGUUUGGAUUUUGUUUUCCCUUAAUAAUAAUAAUAAUAAUAAUAAUAAUAAUAAUAACCUUCAUUUCAAAACUGCAUUUUGUGUUUACUUGUGUUAUCUUUGACUAAUAUUUAAAUUUGUUUGAUCUGAAACAUUUAAGUGUGACAAACAUGCAAACAAAUAAGAAAUCAGGAAGGGGGCAAACACUUUUUCACACCACUGUAUAUAUACUGAGAUCAUGUGACCGAUCAUGUGACACUUAGAUUGCACACAGGUGGACUUUAUUUAACUAACUAUGUGACUUCUGAAGGUAAUUGGUUGCGCUAGAUCUUAUUUAGGGGCUUCAUAGCAAAGGGGGUGAAUACAUCUGCACGCACCACUUUUCUGUUAUUUAUUGUUUUGCAUUUUUUGAAAGAAGUAAAAAAAAUUCACUUCACCAAUUUGGACUAUUUUGUGUAUGUCCAUUACAUGAAAUCCAAAUAAAAAUCCAUUUAAAUUACAGGUUGUAAUGCAACCAAAUAGGAAAAACACCAAGGGGGAUGAAUACUUUUGCAAGGCACUGUAGCGUUAACAUACCUGACAGCUGUGAGAAUGUGCCCUGGAAUACUAUCAAGUGACUGUUCCUUAUUCCAUGUAAUAACUCCAUUAUUAUGCAAUUAUGUAACAACAAUGUAACAACUUUAUGCAACAUUGUUGCUAUUGUAAAAAUCACAAAGUUACACAUGUAUAAGAACUUGAUGUCAAGUGUUACUUCAUUACCUUGUCUCACUCAUUAUAAAAAUAUAUUUGUUAGUCAUUUUGAAGCUGCAAAAGUGGUCUACUCUAAUGUUGAGGUGAUUCCGUGUCCCUCGAUUUUCAUUCUAGGCUGUCAGCUAUAUUAACAUUCAUAUCUAAGAGCCCUCCAAACCAUGUGCCUAUGAUUUAUAUAUUUAGACUAAUUCAACUAACUUGCAGUUUUUGGAUUCUUCAUCAAAUAUUUGGCAGCCAUCAAAUAUUUUUUGGUUUUCAAAUAACUUGCAUAUGUUAAAAUCCUUCAAAUAUUUAUUUAGUUUUCUGAGAGGUAUUCAAAAUAGUUUAAAAUAUUAUUUGUUUUCUGAGACCUGUAUUUGAAUAUCAAAGAAAAUUGUUGCCUUUUAGUUGUAACUCUAUAUAAACUACAUUCCCUCGAGUAUUUGAAAAGUUGGUAUUUUCAAGUAAACUACCAAAUACAGCAAUUUUCUGCCUAGGUCUGACACACACUGCUGUUUAUACUCGCUCUCAAAAUAUGACACCGGCACCCAUUAAUACACAUACUAUAUACCAGCGGUAUUCACUCUUCCCCUACGAGGUCCGGAGCCUGCUGGUUUUCUGUUCUACCUGAUAAUUAAUUGCACACACCUGGUGUCCCAGGUCUAAAUCAGUCCCUUAUUAGAAGGGAACAAUGACAAAACACAGCGGAACUGGCUUCGAGGUCCACAGUUGAGUUUGAGGGCUAUAUACAGUUGUCGAAGUCCAGCACACAUACAGUGGGGGAAAAAAGUAUUUAGUCAGCCACCAAUUGUGCAAGUUCUCCCACUUAAAAAGAUGAGAGGCCUGUAAUUUUCAUCAUAGGUACACGUCAACUAUGACAGACAAAUUGAGGAAAAAAAAUCCAGAAAAUCACAUUGUAGGAUUUUUUUAUGAAUUUAUUUGCAAAUUAUGGUGGAAAAUAAGUAUUUGGUCACCUACAAACAAGCAAGAUUUCUGGCUCUCACAGACCUGUAACUUCUUCUUUAAGAGGCUUCUCUGUCCUCCACUCGUUACCUGUAUUAAUGGCACCUGUUUGAACUUGUUAUCAGUAUAAAAGACACCUGUCCACAACCUCAAACAGUCACACUCCAAACUCCACUAUGGCCAAGACCAAAGAGCUGUCAAAGGACACCAGAAACAAAAUUGUAGACCUGCACCAGGCUGGGAAGACUGAAUCUGCAAUAGGUAAACAGCUUGGUUUGAAGAAAUCAACUGUGGGAGCAAUUAUUAGGAAAUGGAAGACAUACAAGACCACUGAUAAUCUCCCUCGAUCUGGGGCUCCACGCAAGAUCUCACCCCAUGGGGUCAAAAUGAUCACAAGAACGGUGAGCAAAAAUCCCAGAACCACACGGGGGGACCUAGUGAAUGACCUGCAGAGAGCUGGGACCAAAGUAACUAAGCCUACCAUCAGUAACACACUACGCCGCCAGGGACUCAAAUCCUGCAGUGCAAGACGUGUCCCCCUGCUUAAGCCAGUACAUGUCCAGGCCCGUCUGAAGUUUGCUAGAGUGCAUUUGGAUGAUCCAGAAGAGGAUUGGGAGAAUGUCAUAUGGUCAGAUGAAACCAAAAUAGAAAUGUUUGGUAAAAACUCAACUCGUCGUGUUUGGAGGACAAAGAAUACUGAGUUGCAUCCAAAGAACACCAUACCUACUGUGAAGCAUGGGGGUGGAAACAUCAUGCUUUGGGGCUGUUUUUCUGCAAAGGGACCAGGACGACUGAUCCGUGUAAAGGAAAGAAUGAACGGGGCCAUGUAUCGUGAGAUUUUGAGUGAAAACCUCCUUCCAUCAGCAAGAGCAUUGAAGAUGAAACGUGGCUGGGUCUUUCAGCAUGACAAUGAUCCCAAACACACCGCCCGGGCAACGAAGGAGUGGCUUCGUAAGAAGCAUUUCAAGGUCCUGGAGUGGCCUAGCCAGUCUCCAGAUCUCAACCCCAUAGAAAAUCUUUGGAGGGAGUUGAAAGUCCGUGUUGCCCAGCGACAGCCCCAAAACAUCACUGCUUUAGAGGAGAUCUGCAUGGAGGAAUGGGCCAAAAUACCAGCAACAGUGUGUGAAAACCUUGUGAAGACUUACAGAAAACAUUUGACCUGUGUCAUUGCCAACAAAGGGUAUAUAGGGAUAGGAUAGGAUAAAGUGUUCCUUCUAACCCCCCCCCCCCCCCCCCAAAUUGUAAAGUGCUUAUCCCACUGGCUAUAGGGUGAACGCACCAAUUUGCGAGUCGCUCUGGCUAAGAGCGUCUGCUAAAUGACGUUAAUGUGCCCUUGAGCAAGGCACUUAACCCUAAUUGCUCCUGUAAGUCGCUCUGGAUAAGAGCGUCUGCUAAAUGACUUAAAUGUAAAUGUAUAUAACAAAGUAUUGAGAAACUUUUGUUAUUGACCAAAUACUUAUUUCCACCAUAAUUUGCAAAUAAAAUCAUUAAAAAUCCUACAAUGUGAUUUUCUGGAUUUUUUUCUUCUAAUUUUGUCUGUCAUAGUUGACGUGUACCUAUGAUGAAAAUUACAGGCCUCUCUCAUCUUUUUAAGUGGGAGAACUUGCACAAUUGGUGGCUGACUAAAUACUUUUUUCCCCCACUGUAAUAUUCCUGAGUGGUUUUGGCUCUGCAGCGGAGUCACUCAUGACUUUAUGGGGGUUUGGAUAAACUGUUUUUUCUUUAUAACCAGUGUGUGUGACUUUAUGGGGGUUUGGAUAAACUGUUUUUUUUUAUAACCAGUUUGUGUGACUUUAUGGUCUGUCCAAAUCAUUAAUGUCUCUUAAAGAAAACACAAUCACCACUUGUUAGACAAGUUGAGUAACCCGUCACAACUGUUUCAACCCUACAGUAUACAGCCACAUGCCUCUGGUUUUAGAGAGAUGGGUGUUUGAUCGUCCUUAACUUUUCGCACACAUCGUUGGGAUGAUAUUUCCUUUAAUAGUUUUGUUUGUUCAGCUGCUCCUAACCGGUCUGUUUAUGGGUCAGUGUCUUCAUACACCCAUGUUAAAAUAUUAUGAGAGCUACUUCUCUUUGUGUGGGUGGAUAAUGGAUAUGUUCUGAUUGACAGGUACCCUGGCCCCAACACUGGCAAUGUGCACAUCAUAGCAGACCUGUAUGCUGAGGUCAUCGGAGUGCUCACACAGUCAAAGUAAGCGUUCAAGUCCUCUCAAUACAGUUGAAAUAACUGAACAGGUCACUCCUGUUUUAUUCAUAUGUUACUCCUAAACUAGAUGUUAAAAAUGAGCCAACUCCUUAUGAAAGACUCAGUCUGUUGAAUCAGAUGCUGAGUGAGACACUAAAUCAGUGUAACGUGUGUUUGUCGCUCCAGGUUCCAGGCGGUGCGUAAGAAGUUCAUCACGGAGCUGAAGGAGCUGAGGCAGAAGGAGCAGAGCCCCUACGUGGUCCAGAGCAUCAUCAGCCUCAUCAUGGGCAUGAAGUUCUUCAGGGUCAAGAUGUACCCCGUGGAGGACUUUGAGGCCUCCUUCCAGUUCAUGCAGGUCAGUUUCCUGGGUCGUAUUCAUUAGAGCACACCUUAGCAAACCGUACCAAGAAAAUAAGCGUUCCUCAUUGGACAAGUUCAGGUAUUCCUUCCCCAUUUCAAAAUGUCAGUUUUAGUCAAUUCAACCCUGAUGUGUCCAAGCAACAGGUGUUGAUCUAAUCUAUUAGAUGCCCAGAUUGUACAGUACUGUAUGUCUGAUUGUGUCCGAGUGGCUGCGUAUGGUGGACUGAUGGCUCUCUGCUGAACUACACCCAUUAGAGUUUUUACUGCAACCCUUUUGUUGGGACUCAGCAGCUCUCUGUAGCAGAGCCUCAUAAAGCCAGAGUAACGAUCAGAUAGCGGAUCACUGUGCCAAGAGGAGUGUGUGCGUUGUAGGCCCAGCCAAGAGCACUGAACGGAGCAAUGCCUUUUCGUUAAGCUCAAUACGGCAGUAAAAAGCCUGCUCAAUAUGUUCCCCUCUUCCCAGCGUGUUAGUGGAACAUGUUGGGUAAUAUGCAGUGGUUUAUUGGUGCCACCACAUUUCCUUACGUCUGUUGGUGUCUGCCCAUAUGCGAGAAUCUGUUGCACAGUCUUGGUUUUAUAUUUGUCUAUUGGGUUUAUGGAUCUGUCACUCUGUUUGUCCUCAUCCAUGUUGGUAUGGCUCUGCGUUCCUCAGGAGUGUGCCCAGUAUUUCCUGGAGGUGAAGGAUAAGGACAUAAAGCAUGCGUUGGCUGGCCUCUUCGUUGAGAUCCUCAUCCCUGUUGCUGCUGUGAGUACCAACCAGACAACAUAAUACAAAACAUGGGAAAACCCCACAUUCCACAGUAUGGUUAUUAGUAGCAUAGUGCCUUUCUGUAAAAUAUAAAUUCCACUGUGUUUGUUACGAUAGAAAGCACAUUAGAUUGGCUGUAAUGUCAUUGGCUGCAUCUGAAAUGGAACCCUAUUCCCUAUAUAUGGGCCCGGGUGAAAAGUAGUGCACUAUAUAGGGAAUAGGGUACCAUUUCGGUCACACAUAUUGAUUGAAUGAGCUGUGGUGACGCCUUCCUCACUCCCUCCCUGCAGGCGGUGAAGAAUGAAGUCAACGUGCCGUGCCUCAAGAACUUUGUGGAGAUACUCUACCAGACAACCUUUGACCUUAGCUCCAGAAAGAAGCACUCUUUGGUAACGUCAACUCUUUUCUCACAAUAUCAUCUCGGCCUUCCCUCCCACUUCUCUCUUCUCCCGCUCUCUUUUUUAAUUACGUCAACUUGUUAACUCUUAAUCUUCUCACACUAUCAUCUCCCUCUUUCCCCAUUCCCUCCCUCUCUUCUGUGGUUGUGUGUUCUCUCUCUCUUUCAGGCUCUCUAUCCUCUGGUGACGUGCCUGCUGUGUGUCAGUCAGAAGCAGUUCUUCCUCAAUAACUGGCACAUCUUCCUCACAAACUGCCUCUCGCACCUGAAGGUACACAACACAAUCACCUUAAGCAUUUACCUAACACAGAGUUACUGGCCUAUAAAGGACUGUCUGAAAAGAAAUGCGGACUUCCAUGGCAAUUUCACAUUUAAUAGGACACUUUCUGUUUUAUCUUUAAAGACAGUGGAUUCCCUAAUGUUUGAAGUUCAAUGGGACAUGUCAUUGAGUGUCAUUUUCUAAAGACUGUAUAAUGAAAAUAGAUUAUCCCCGGUCCCUUUGGCAGUAUUAAGUGCUAUGAACCUAAUUUGGUAAUGUUCAAGUAAGAUGUUUAUUGCAUACUAAGUUCUAUCAUUUAUUACUGUUACCAUGACUGAAACCUUAUUGCUCUAGCAGAAUGUUCUUUAGCCCAGGUAAGUUGUUAAUUGUCAUAGUGAGAUGUUAGAUAUCCCCUGCACAUCAGAACUGGAUCUGAGGUGUUUUAGGGUUGAAGGGUGUGCCUUAAUGAUCAUAUCUUCCUCCUCCCCUGUCCGACAACCCCCUCCAAACCGAUCAAGCCAAUCAAUCAUGCUCCUCUCCUGUACCAUACCUCAAGCUAAUCCAGCCCAGAUGCACUGUGUUGUGUGACUGUCUCCUCGCUUCUCAACUCUGAAUAGUUAUGGCGAUUGAAUUCCCUCUGAUUCCAUGGUGGACACGUGCUAUAAUUCUCUUUGCUCCUGAUGACUCCGUUGUUGAACUGACUCUCUAUAAUCACAGUCAGGUGGUGAUUCAGUUGCUUUUAAUUUUCUGUGAAAGAUUAGAUUCUCUUUGAUUACAUAGUUUUACUUAACCUGGUGAUUUAGAUUAGCCCAUUUGGUGCUGAUGUAAUCUCCCUUGUUUUUGUGGUGGAACCUUGAGUCUCUGGUGGCGAUUUGUUUAGGAAUGCGUGGUGAUUUAGCUCCGAUUGUCCACUAGGCCAUUUUAACCCUGUCCUUGUUCUCAGAUGAUCACUUAAGUUCAAAUGCUGAUUCAGAUUGAUUCAGUUUAGUGCCUUAUCUUGUUUUGGAGAGCAAGAAUCAAUGGGGUUAAAACGAUACCUUUUGGACAGUGUAUCAGACUGAUGAUGGAAUAGGAGGCUCUCAGAUUUUUCUGAGCCUAGUGGAUUGUGGGCGAUGUAGUCGUAACAUACGGCUUGUUUUCCUACCUGGUGUCCAUUUACUGUCUCUCUCCUCACGCUAUCUAUCCACACCUACUUCUCACUAGCUUCACCCCUGCUUUGUGUGUGCCUUUUCUCUUCCCUUCCCUGUCAAUUUGAUUUGCACAUCUUUCAUCUCUUUUCACUUUCACAAAGUUUGAAAUAUAAGAACAAUUUAGUAUUGGCUAUAUAGUGUAUCAUUGCAGUCUUUCUAUACAACAUUAUUGAUGGAUGUUUGUAUCAUAUUACUGCUUUUGCAUUUCAUACUUUGCAUCUCAUUUAUGUGUCUAAUAUGAGACUGACUCAAGUCGAUAGAAGGCAGAUGGUAGUGAAGGUUUUUAGUCAAACCUUUUUUUUUUUUCUAUUAUAUUUUGUUGCGCUGUUCUCUUUCUAACCUGCAUGUCUCCCUCCCCACAUCCUCACACGCCGUGUCUCCUGUCGUUUUGUCUCAUGUUUUCACUCGCUCCAGAUGCCGUCUAACAACAGCAUCCGAAAGCAGAUUGAGACACUGCAGGUGAGUUUGUCUGGUGUCCGUAUGGUGGCAUGACCCCCCUCCGAGAGGUCAUCUGACCCUGUCCUGAGCCUCUGGAGGACAGUGGGGAUGCACCUCCUUAGCCAGGGGAAACAAUGCGCUGGAGACUGAUAGUCCUCUUAAAGUGUAACUUAUUGGGAGAAAAGAUUACACAGGAAAUAGUGGUUGGACACUUGGCUGUUAGUCGCAAAUUGAUUUGAAAUGCAAUUUUGGCUUGUGCUUUUUCAGUGGUUUAUGGGCUUUGCUGUUUUGUGUGUAUAGUAGUGGUUAGAGCAUCAUGCUGGUGAUGUCAAUAGAGCGGACUGCAUCAUGCCAAUGUGUUGCUAACACACAUUCUCAGAGACCUACCUUCAUCUUUGAGGGGUAUUAUGAAGCCAGUUACCUGGAAGGGGUUGUUGGUAGAUCUGAGGACUAACCAGAUGGAUUUUGUAGUCUCGGUUUGGAGACCAUAGAGUUCUGCAGCGUUUUGUGUGUUCUUUAGCGUUUGUGAGAGGCUGUCUCUAGUUACACCCAAUUCUAUUAUCUCUGUGGUGUUGACAUGCGGCUGUGUGCUGCACCCUUGCAGCUCCGUGGCCCACUGAAGGGUGGAAAGGUCAUUUUAGUACCCUUGAAAGAAUCCUUUGUAUGGUUGUCCGCUGUGUUGAUAUUGGAGGGUAUGUUGCGUGUUCGGAUUUGAUGGGCAGCACUGUGGAAUUGCAUUUUUAGUCACUGUUUUUUUGUGAACGCUCAGCUUUCUAAACAUUCCCCGGCGGUUGGAACAUCAAACUACCGCUAGCAUAACAUGCUGUACUACAUCUAUAUAUAGACCGGCUCACUCUGGAACCGAUUUAUUUUACGACAAGUUGAAAUAAUUUCAAGAAUCUUGUACAUCAGUAGUUUAUUAAAGAUGAUUCAUAAAUGUAAUUGGUGUGUACCAAUCGUAUUAAUCUGACAGACCGUUAGAUCUGAAGCAGACUCAUUAUCAAAUCACAGAUAGACUUGCUGUGAGUCAUAUCCAUCACUGGGGCAUCUCAAGCAUUUCUAUAAAUGAGACAUAUAAAUUGUCUCAUUCAGUACAGUAGGUCAAAUUGAUGGUUUGUGUGUCAGAUCCCUCUUUAUGUGGCACGCCCCACACCAGACUUCAGGAGGAGGCAGGUGUUCUGAAUGUUCUCUCUCUGACCCUUUAGAACAAAGAUCCCAAAAUGUCCCGUGUGGCGCUGGAGUCGCUCUACAGACUGCUGUGGGUCUACAUCAUCAGGAUCAAGUGUGAGAGCAACACCGUCACACAGAGGUCAGUACCAGCCCGGCCAGAGACUGAGACAGGUCAGGGCCCACCCUAUCACACUGUAGGCCCACACCACACUAUCUCUGUGUGUACGGACACUGUCAAAUGAAAGUCAUCCAGAACAGCACCUAAAUCACCAUAUUAGAACAAACAAGUGCCCACUCCUUCUGCCGAACCAGAACUAGAAUCCCAUCUACACUCAGAACUGGUCUAAUUUACAGUCUCCGUGGUGAACUUCCCAGUUUAACCCUUUAAUCUUCUCCUGUUUCCUGCAGCCGGCUGCUCAGCAUUGUUUCAGCACUUUUCCCCAAAGGCUCCCGUAGCGUGGUGCCAAGGGACACGCCCCUCAACAUCUUCGUCAAGAUCAUCCAGUUCAUAGCUCAGGUAUGUCUUAUGAGGACAUGCUGGAGUAGUUAUUCCUGUAUAAUUCAGCUAUAGCGCAGGUAAUGGCUUUUAUGUUAUCUGUGAAUAGUGGUUAUUGGUUUAUUGUGGCUCAUUUCACAGGAAAGGCUUGACUUUGCUAUGAAGGAGAUCAUUUAUGACCUCCUGUGUGUGGGGAAAUCUCACAAGACCUUCACCAUCAAUCCAGAGGUAAGAGAUGGCCGAGAGACAACAGUAAUUAUCCAAUCAUACACUCACUGUGAUUACUCUUCAUUCUCUGACUGCCCCUUUCUGCCUCUCUCCCUCUCUCUCUCUCUCUCUCUCUCUCUCUCACUCUCUCACUCUCUCCCUCUCAGAGGAUGAAUAUUGGCCUGAGGGCCUUCCUGGUGAUAGCUGACAGUCUGCAGCAGAAGGACGGGGAGCCGCCCAUGCCCACCACAGGGGUCAUCAUGCCCUCAGGAAACACCCUGCGGGUCAAAAAGAUCUUCCUCGCCACCACCCUCACUGACGAGGAGGCCAAGGUCAUCGGUAGGUUAACAUCUCUAAGCUCCACCCUGGUCACAACAGGCCAGUAUGACUCAGCUAUGACUCGGGGACUAUGGACCAAAGUUAGCUUUGUUGCUAACUCCGGCAAUUUUACAUUGAUGUUGAACCUGAAAUGUUGAUUUAAUGUGCACUGUCCCCUGCCAAAUACAUUUCUUAAAUAAAUAAGCUCAUGGGAGUGGGUGAUUUUAGGGUCAAGUUUGUGUAUAGUGUCAGAGUAAUGAAUAUAUGUGUGUUUGUAGGCAUGUCGCUGUACUACCCAGCGGUGAGAAAGGCCCUGGACAACAUCCUGCGUCACCUGGACAAGGAGGUGGGGCGCUCCAUGAGCAUGACCAACGUCCAGAUGUCCAAUAAGGAGCCUGAGGAUAUGAUCACGUAAGGGCCUCUUUGACUUAACAUAUGUGGCCCAUAAAGUGUGUGUCUGUCCGUCUGCAUGUGUCAUUUACCUGUUUGCAAACGGUGCGUUGUGUUGCAGGGGGGAAAGGAAGCCAAAGAUCGAUCUGUUCCGUACGUGUGUGGCGGCCAUCCCCAGACUGAUCCCAGACGGCAUGAGCAGACAGGACCUCAUCGAGCUGCUGGCCAAGUAAAGGACCCCACUCCUUCACAUGUACCACCUCUGUCUGGGAGUAAUUGAUGAACAAAGCAAUGGGGCUUUUAUUUUGCCAAAGCUGUGCCUUCAAAAGCUCUGUUUGUGAUCCUGUUUGCCCUCUGUCUGACCCCUGAGUCCUCUCUUCUCCAGGCUGACCAUCCACAUGGAUGAGGAGCUGCGUGGCCUGGCCUUCACCACCCUGCAGGCCCUAAUGGUGGACUUCCCAGAGUGGAGGGAGGACGUGCUCUCUGGCUUCGUCUACUUCAUUGUGCGCGAGGUCACCGAUGUCCACCCCACGCUGCUGGACAACGCCGUCAAGAUGCUUCUGCAGCUCAUCAGCCAGUGGAGGCAGGCCGUCCAGACCAGCAACAAGACCCACGAGGCACAGGUGGGUGGAGAGUGUAUAGCGAACUUGCUCUGUACUGUAGUAGUAGGGUUGUUGUAUAUUUUGAAUUGGGUUUGUGUGAUUUAUAUAACCCUGUCUCUGUGUGUGUGGGUGCUCCAGCAGGGCCCUGGCAGCAAGCCGUCUCUCCCCUUUGAGCGCUCUCCUCUGUGGGGGGUGUUGCACGUGGUGGAGGGCCUGGCGCUGGUGGUGCUGUGCAGCUGUCGCCCCGCCACCCGCAGGCUGGCUGUUAAUGUCCUCAAAGAGGUCAGAGCCCUGCACACCGCUCUGGGCAUCACCAAGGUAACUACCAACUCAGACUGACAGACGGGGAUCUGAAAGUGACUCAAAUAAUGAGAUGCAGUGUUUCUAAAGUAGCCUCAAGUAAGAUGCAAGAGACUCACUAUAACUGUUUCUGCCUGUUUCUCUUUAAGGGAGACGAGGAGUUGGCCAUAGAUGUGAUGGACAGACUAAGUGCAUCUGUGCUGGAGAGCUUCAUCCAUCUCACAGGAGCUGACCAGGUAAGAAUGGCGAAGCUGUUGUGUAACUCACUUUUGAUUUUAUUUAACUAGGCAAGUCAAUUAAGAACAAAUUCGUAUUUACAAUGACGGCCUACCAAGAGGCAAAAGGCCACCUGCUGGGAUUGGGGCUGGGAUUCAAAAUAAAAUGUAGGACAAAACACACAUCACGACAAGAGAGACAGAACACUACAUAAAGAGACCUAAGACAACACAUGACAGCAACACAUGACAACACAACAUGGUAGCAACACAUGACAACAACAUGGCAGCAGCACAACAUGGUACAAACACCCUGACCCUCAUCCUCUCCUCCCCUCUCCCCUGCAGACCAACCUGCUAUACUGCCCCAGUGGUAUCGACUUGCAGACGCUGGCAGAAUGGAGCUCGUCUCCCAUCAGCCACCAGUUUGACGUGGUCAGCCCGUCGCACAUCUGGGUGUUUGCCCACGUGACGCAGGGCCAGGACCCCUGGGUCAUCAGCCUGUCCAGCUACCUGCGUCAGGAGCACCUCCCCAAGCACUGCCCCACCGCACUCAACUACGCCUGGAUGUUCGCCUAUACGCGCCUGCAGCUGCUCUCUCCACAAGUGGAUAUCAAGUACGUCUCUCCAGGCCUUACUCUGUCAAUGCGGUUCUCAUGGGUGCAUGUGCACGUUACAUUUGAGGUUGUAAAAAGGCACUUCGAAUGGAUGUGGUUGCAGUCUGCUCACUAGAGUGCUGGAUGAUGUCACCCUGUCUUGUGUAUGGUGACCGUACGGUUAACGACGACACUGGAGACUCGGCGUGUGACUGUGGAUUACAUCAUCCUAAUUGAUCCCUCAGCUGUAUAUGAGGAUGAGAGUUGUUGCCUGUCUUUUCUAGUGUGCGUAUGUACGUUGUAUGUGAUUUUCUAAUAAGUCCUUCCAGGAUUCCGCGAUUGCAAAAAGAGGACUCGCAAUUUCAACCAAUCACCGCACAGUAUGGGUCAAUUAAGCCACACGUCAACAAACGUUUUCCCUUUGCAGCUAAUUUUCGCGUAAAAUAAAAUCAAGUAUUUUUGCCUGCAAAAUAAAUAAAAAUCACUGCGAAAUCCUGGAGGGACUGUCUAAUACCACCUGCCUGUUAUGAAUCUUUGACCUGUGCCCCUGCAGCAGCCCUAUAAAUGCUAAGAAGCUGAACAGCCUGAGCAGCAGCAGUGACUCGUACGUGGGGCUGUGGAGGAACUACCUGAUCCUCUGUUGUAGCUCCGCCACUUCCUCCCCUAACUCCUCCUCCUCCACCUCUGGCUCCGUCCGCUGCUCCCCGCCUGAGACGCUGGCGUCCACGCCGGACAGCGGCUACAGCUAUGACUCUAAGGUCAGAGGGCAUGACCUAUCCACUUUUUUCCUCAGUAUGUUUUACAUGGGUGCUGUCAAUGUAAUAAUGCCUAUUCCACGUUGAGAAAAUGCUGUGUUUUUACUAUAUUUAUUUCCUUUAGUUAGAGAUUGAAAAAUCAUUUGAAUUGUCAUAUUGAUUUGUUAUCUUUAUGUGUGUCCAGAUUAUUGGCACUCCGUCCCCCUCAUCCCUGUUCAAACACGUUGUCCCGAUGAUGCGCUCUGAGAGCAUGGACAUCACAGAGUCACUCGUCCUGGGGCUUGGCAGGACCAACCCCGUGGCCUUCAGGUGAGGGAGCCACCCUGUACGUCUGUCUGUGGCUGAGAGUCAUGUUUGAGUUGCCUGUGUUCAAAUUUGCAUGUUUGAAUAUGUCCUAGUUUGUGUGUGAUUUGGGGUUAUUUGGUUAGUAGGCACGGUAUGUGAUGAGUGAGGGUGUAUGAGUGUUUGCCCAGUAGUUUUCCUUACUUCUAGUCUGUCUUCCAGAGAGUUGAUAGAGGAACUGAACCCCAUCAUUAAGGAGGCUCUGGAGAGGAGACCCGAGGUGGGUGAAGCUCACUGACCCUCACAUCUCAUUCAUUUAUCUAACAUCAAAACACCGUACUACCUGCUCAGUACUGACUCUUCUCCUCUCUUGAUGCAGAACAUGAAGCGUCGCAGGCGUCGUGACAUCCUGAGGGUCCAGCUGGUCCGGAUCUUUGAGCUGCUGGCCGAUGCUGGUGUCAUCAGUCAGACGUGAGUGGAAGCCAGAACAGACCAUUACAAACUAGAGAUAUAAAUACACAUGUAGUUAUAGAAUAUAGUAUCCUAGAAUAGAAUCAUGGACCUUCCAUCUUUGAAUUCACUGACCCCUGUCCUUUGUGUGCAGGGCGAGUGGCGGUCUGGACGGGGAGAGUCACUCUCUGAACUCGACACUGUUGGAAUAUGUGGAUCUGACGAGACAGCUGCUGGAGGCUGAGAAUGACAAGACUCGAAACUGA